CCCAACCACAAAGCCGCAAGCCACCUGGCCACCGCAAACCACCAGGGCCCGACUUCUCACGGAAAUCAGAAGAAGCAAGAAGGACGAGUGUACGACGAUUCAACGGACCACUUCGCCGCUGCUCUAGUGCGCUCGGCUCUCGCCUCUGGAGUGAAGCCGUGAAAAAUGGAAGGAGGAUGAAGGAUUGGGUGUUGACCUCUGCGGCUCCGCCACCAACGCCAGCGCAAGCUGCCAGGCCGCCACUGCCCCACCGCGACUCCGCGACCCGCCUCCCUUCCGGUCUAUAUUUUCUUGGGACCGGCCCUGCAUCCAACCUCACGCCUUUACAAGUAAUCGUCAUCUUCGAUUAAUUACAAGCAUCUCUUCCCCAUAACUCUGCAUCUAUACAAAUCAACAAAUGCCAAAUUAUUUCCACAUACUCUACGUCUAUACGCAUACAUCAUAGUGGUUACAAGGUGCUCAUUUGAUCCGUUGCUAUUUCUAUUCCUUAAACCAGGAGGAGGACGUCUGGAAUCUAUAGGGACUUGGUGCUGCCUGACAGACUUUAUAGCCACUGCUUCUCCUUGAGGCAUGGAAUCCCAGACGGGCAAUACAACGGAGGACAUCUUCGACUCAUCUCUGAAUGUAGAGGACAUCUAUUACAAACAAGGACACACCGAUGGUUAUGCUGACGGCCUAUCAUCCGGUGUUGAGGAAGGUCGUCAGGUAGGCCUAAAAACUGGCUUUGAAACGGGCUUAGAAUUGGGCUUCUACAGAGGCUGUGUCGAUGUGUGGAGCUCCGCAAUCCGGCUAGAUCCAACCUGUUUCUCGACUCGUGUUCAGAAAAACAUCAAACAGAUUGAUGAAUUGCUCCAAAGGUACCCUAUAUCUGACCCCGAAAAUGAAUCUGUUACUGAUACUAUGGAGUCCUUGAGGAUGAAGUUCCGUGCUAUCUGUGCCACCCUCAACGUUAAGUUAGAGUAUGAGGGUUAUCCUAGGGCAUCCGAUUCUCAGAAAACUGGAUUUUGAUGGUAUAUUCUAUUCUAUACAGUAAAUGAUGUAUAUUGUUCACCUAAGUUUUGCAUUUUUUGUUUUCAAUUUAUGAAAAUCAGUUCAUGAUUGUUCUGAAUAGUGAAUUAAAUUGAGCAUCGAAGAGAUGUUUUUCAUGUGUAUUGAUGGUGAACUGUUAGAUAUUAAUGGCACUUAUAAUUAAUUAGUGGUGUACAUUAGGUAAUGAGUUAGGCAAGAAACCUAUCUGGUCUUAGAAUAGGACUUUUCACCAACUGGGAAUCUGGGGUAGGUUCAGUAUUCAUAAUUGUUCUAAGCAUUGCCAUGUUCUUGCUAUUAUAUUUGGUCAUUUGGAUCACAUUUAUUGCUUAUGCUCAUCACUCAUUUAAUGAUAAUAAUAAUAAGAGGUUUUUCCAUAUAUAAUAUAUAUUGUCAAAAAAUGUGUUCUGGAAAAAAUGUGACUGAAGUUACUAUGUAACUUCAAUGUUACUUCAAUGUAAAUUUUUGAACAUAUUCACGAUGACUAAAGUUAUUCCUAUGGUCACUAAAGUAUAAAAAGUCAUGUUUUUAUCUAUCGUCUUUAUUAUACUACAUAGUCAAAUAUCCGUCAUUAUUUCUAAUAAUAAUCUUUUCUAUUGCCUCAUUCUUUUAUAAAGUAUUACUCUGGAGUACACCCAUGUGAACAAAACACAAUCUUGAUGGGAAGCAUGUUCUUACACUUCUAUUUAUGUGAAAUAUCUUCAUGUUAUUUUGGCUUAUAUUAUAAGAACCGUGUUGUUAUUUCAUACUCCAAGUAUUAGCGGUUUCACCUGUUUAGGUUAGUUAUUUUGUCCUUUGAUUUGAGGGCCUUUGUCUUUCUGUUUCGCUAGUUGUGUGAUUUGUACGUCAGUUCAUUGAAAGAGCAGAUUGAUGAUAAUAAUGCAUUCUGGAUAGGGCUAUUUCCAGACUUCCAGUAACUUACGUAAUGCAGAAUAAGUUUGAUAAAAUUUGUAUGUUUCUUUGUUGUCUUUGUUCUUUAAUCACCAAAACUAAAACCUUUAUUCUCCAGUGUUUUUUUUACUAUACACAAACACGUUCAUUUAGUUAUUGACUUCUUGAUCUUUAUAUGACUGGAAUACACAGGUAAAACGUGUGAAAAAAAUAUAUCUCUUACGGUCUUACCUUUUGCUAAGUAUUUCCAGCAUUUUUAAUUGAGCCAAAAACUUGCUAUUUUUGUCUUGGGAAUAUGAUGAAAUAAAGCAAAAUGACUCACUGAAGUGUUUGUGCUUACUUUAGUACAGGGGUAAAGCUGCAUACAUCUGACUCUCCUUACCCCACCUUUGGUGGGAGCCUUUGCGGUUUUGGGGUAAUGUUGUUGUUUUACCUUUUGCCAAGUAGUCUUUAAUUCCAAAUAUCGCCUCCUUUUUCUAUGUUCUUUCCCUCCUAGCAUUUUUUGGGCUCCAAAGAAACCCAUGACGGCUGAUAGGUAGGGGCCAAUUUGGUUGCAAGAAUUGAAUAUGUAACUGAAGUACUGAACAUGCUGAAUGAAUGAGAGAAUUAAGAUAAAGUAUUUGAAACUGUAUUUUCAGCAAAUAAUUAAAGGAAAUAAAUCUAAAAUGUGUGAGCAAAAGUACCAUUAUC